CGCGAGCCCCUCUCCUCAGCCGGAGAGGGAGGUUAGGCUGAGCGCCAGCAGGGCCAACGGGGUCCAGCGAGCUUCGUGGCCAAGUGGAGGCUGGAGCUGAGCGCCCCCCAGUUCUCCGUCCAUGCAAACGCUUUAACAAGGGUGCAAAUAACAGAAAAUUGUAAAGACCCUUCAGGGAACCUCGGUGGUAUGCAGUAAUUUGAAUUGGCGGUCACUGUCCAUAAAACCUUUGAUUUUUCUGGAAUUUCAGCUUCACUAUUUCACUUUUAUUCAUUAAAUUUAUAUUCUACUAAUCAAUUGCCCAUCAAAAACAAUAAGACAAUGGUAUACACGUCAUACCUAUUUCCUGUGUAUUACUAAUUUCAGAAGCAUGAUAGUCAAUGGUUUGAAAGUUGGCAUCAUCGCCGGUUAUAAUUAGUUUGUUUCUAGCUUAUAGUUGCAAGUCUAUAGCCUUAGACUUAAUUUCUACACCACCCACCAGCCAAAGCUUUCUAGACUAGGGACUUGUUUAGAUUAGGGCUUGUGUUUAGAGGCAAAAUGCCAUUUGGUUUGGCUUCUGAAAACUAAAAUUCUGUGAUGAUUCUGCAUAGAAGAUAGCUAAGGGAAUGCAAGCUGAACUGUGGAAGAGCCAAUAUCAUGACCUGGGAAGAUUUUCAGUUCUUACGAAGACAUUUUUCUACCACCAUUUUCACCUUCAUUUUACAGUGAUCAGGGAAAACAUGGCUACAGAUUGGCUUGGAAGCAUUGUCUCAAUCAACUGUGGAGACAGCCUUGGCGUCUAUCAGGGAAGGGUGUCUGCUGUGGAUCAGGUCAGCCAGACAAUCUCCUUAACACGGCCUUUUCAUAACGGAGUCAAAUGUUUGGUACCGGAAGUUACCUUCAGGGCAGGUGAUAUUACUGAGCUGAAGAUCCUGGAGAUUCCUGGCUCUGGCAGUAAUGGACCAUGCGGAGACUUUCAGCACACCGACCUCGGCAUCACCAGCAUGGGGUGCCCGGGGGCUGCCAGCCAGAACGGCACUGGCAAAUUGGUGAAGAAACCCAGUCUGUCAAGCAGCGCUCCACAGACUAUUCCCAAGCGGACAGAUGUGAAAAGCCAGGAUGUCACCGUUUCUCCCCAGCAGCAUCAGUGUUCCAAGAGUUACAUGGAUCGGCACAUGGAAACCUUAGCUCAGUCCAAAGGCUUCCGCCGCAGGCACAACUCGUGGUCCUCCAGCAGCCGCCAUCCCAACCAAGUGACCCCGAAGAAGAGCGGUGUGAAGAACGGGCAGAUGAAGAACAAAGACGACGAGUGUUUUGGGGAUGACAUUGAGGAGCUCCCUGACACGGAUUUUGAUUUCGAAGGGAACCUGGCCCUCUUCGACAAGGCGGCUGUGUUCGAGGAGAUUGAAACAUACGAGCGGAAGAGCGGCACUCGUUCGAGGGGGACUCCCAACGAGAGAUCUGCCCGAUACCGCCACGAUGAGAACAUCCUGGAGUCUGAGCCCAUCGUGUACCGGCGGAUUACCGUGCCACAGGCGAGCAAAGAAUUCUGCACCGAUUCGGGGCUGGUUGUUCCAAGUGUUUCUUAUGAGCUACAUAAAAAGAUUCUUUCAGUGGCUGAGAAGCAUGGGCUGACCCUUGAGCGGAGACUAGAAAUGACCGGGGUGUGUGCCAGCCAGAUGGCCCUGAGUCUCCUUGGAGGGCCCAACAGGUUGAAUCCUAAGAACAUUCACCAGCGACCCACAGUUGCCUUGCUGUGUGGCCCUCACGUGAAGGGGGCCCAGGGGAUCAGUUGUGGCCGGCAUCUUUCCAAUCACGACGUGCAGGUCAUCCUCUUCCUUCCCAACUUCGUCAAAAUGCUGGAAUCAAUCACCAAUGAAAUGAUGCUUUUCAGCAAAACCCAAGGGCAGCCCGUGUCCAGCAUCAAAGAUCUUCCAGACACGCCGGUUGACUUGGUGAUCAACUGCUUGGAUUGCCACGAAAAUGCCUUUCUGCGGGACCAGCCUUGGCACAAGGCUGCGGUGGACUGGGCCAACCGAAACAGGGCCCCUGUGCUCAGCAUAGACCCCCCGGCGCACGACACGGAGCAAGGAAUCGAUGCCAAGUGGUCGCUGGCCCUGGGGCUGCCCCUGCCGCUGGGCGAGAGGGCCGGGCGGGUGUACCUGUGCGACAUCGGCAUCCCACAGAAGGUCUUCCAGGAGGUGGGAAUCAACUACCACUCGCCUUUCGGUUGCAAGUUCGUCAUUCCUCUGCAUUCGACCUAAAUUGGAGGUCCUCUUGGCCCUGGAAAGGAAGAGGGGGCGGGAGCGCCCCCAGCCGUGCGACAGGUCCUGCCUCUGAUGAACUUCUUGACGCCUUAGGGAUGCUAUCGGCCCGUGCUGUGCAUCUUCCUCCAGGAGAAGUAGCACCACACGGGGGAGCGAAGAAGAUUCCCGUUCCUCUGAGCCUUUGCGCUCGUGCCGCCGCAUGAAGGAGUGCGGGGUCACCGGUGUCUCCCACUGGCCGUGCGCCUUGACAGCGGGAGAUCCGAGGCAGAGGCACCGCUUACGUCUGUGAGUGCCCCUGCCUAUAUGGAUGCCUGGCAGACCAUGUGACACUUCCGAACCGUUUCCCCCCAGGAUUCGAAGGGGACGGGCUUCUAGGGCACUCCCCUGCCCCUUGUGACCAUGUGGGAGCAGCACCUCUUCUGCUCUGCUCCCUUCUCGUGCAGCUAUAACCCCGUCUUUCUCAGUGCACACCCCGAACCGCCUGGGACUUCGGAUGGCCUGCCUUGGAAUCGGGUGCCCGCCCUCUGCUUCUCCGAGUUCCCGAAUCGGCACUUGCAUUGCCGUCCCCCGGCUUCCCUUUCUGCAUGCAUGAGACCCGCGUGGAGCAAAACAAGGCUCGGGGAGAGAGCACAGGAGCAGGCGUGGUGGCACUGAGGCAUUCGUACGUGCCCUGCUGCCUGGAAGAGUCUACAUUUUUAAAAUGUCCUUUCUGGGGCCCUAUUUGUGUGCGUGGGGGGGAGAGAACGAACUGGGAAGCUCUGCAGUUCCCGCUGGGCAUGAAAGCUGGAUUUGCCCAAGUGCAGUACAGCGUUCUGUUCCCUUCUUGAGAUGCCUGGAACUAGCGCAACGCUGUGCUUGAGCGAGGAAGCGGCAUGGAUGUGCUCACGCUUACGGUGAGGGUGUCUUCACUGCGCCUUUCCUUGAAGGCCCGCCCAGCGAACUGCCGUGAACGCUCGUUCCUGCAUGCCGCGGCACCCGGUCCUCUUGCGCUUUCGGCAGGGACUCGUGUCCUGGCCACCAGUGCAUUCUGCUCCUGCUCUUGCCGCCUUCCGCCUGAGCUCCUUUUUGUGGGAACAGACACUGCCCUGUGCUGCUUUCUGGAGACCACCAGCCUCUCCCUGUCGGUGGCUUGCUGUUCACUCGGAAUGCUGCCAACAGGACAUUUUCUAAUGAUUUUCGUAGCCGGGCACUGGCCAGACUUCAGGGGUGCGACACAUCAUGACAUGGCAAACCGAGGACCUGCCAGCUUUGGGAAAUCAAGCACGCUUGACCUUGUCUCUGCAGGUGCCAAAUGGAACUCGCUCACUAGUCACAGUGAUUAAAAUGUGCAGUAAAGCAA